AUGUAUCCUGAUUAUGCUUAUAAACCUCAAAAAAAGGAAGGUAAACAAACGUCUUCUGAAGAACAACCGGUUUUUGAUGAACAAACGUCUUAUGAGGAAAAUAUCUCUUCGAAUCACGUUAACGAGAGAUUAGGACGAUUGUUUAUCAUUUUGGCGAAAAUCACCGAUAGAAGACAUAAAUUGAUGUAUCCCGAUUAUGCUUAUAAACUUCAUAAAAAGAAACAAACGUCUUCCGAAGAACAAAUAGUUUUUUAUGAACAACCGUUUUAUGAGGAAAGUAACCUUUCGAAUCACGUUAGCGAGAGAUUAGAACGAUUGUUUAUCAUUUUGGCGAAAAUCACCGAUAAAAGACAUAAAUUGAUGUAUCUAGAUUAUGCUUAUAAACUUCAAAAAAAGGAAGGUAAACAAACGACUUCCGGAGAACAAACUUCUAAAGAACAACCGGUUUUUGAUGAACAAACGUCUUAUGAGGAAAAUAUCUCUUCGAAUUACGUUAAUGAGAGAUUAGGACGAUUGUUUAUCAUUUUGGCGAAAAUCACCGAUAAAAGACAUAAAUUGAUGUAUCCCGAUUAUGCUUAUAAACUUCAAAAAAGAAACAAACGUCUUCCGAAGAACAAACUUCUGAAGAACAACUGGCUUUUGAUGAACAAACGUCUUUUGAGGAAAAUAUCUCUUCGAAUCACGUUAAGAUUAGAACGAUUAUUUAUCAUUUUAGCGAAAAUCACACAUAAAUUGAUGUAUUCAGAUUAUGCUUAUAACCCUCAAAAAAAGGAAAGUAAACAAACGUCUUCCGAAGAACAAACUUCCGAAGAAUUAACGGCUUUUGAAGAACAAGCAGCUAUUAAUGAACAAACGUCUUAUGAAGGAAAUAUCUCUUCGAAUCACGUUAACAAAAGAUUAGAACGAUUGUCUAUCAUUUUAGCAAAAAUCACCGAUAAAAGACAUAAAUUGGUGUAUCCAGAUUAUGCUUAUAAACCUCAAAAAAAGGAAGUUAAACAAACGUCCUCUGAAGUACAAAUGUCUUCCGAGGAGCAAACUUCUUCUGAAGAACAAAUGGCUUUUGAUGAACAAACGUCUUGUAAGGAAAAUCUCUCUUCGAAUCACGUUAACGAACGAUUGUUUAUCUUAGCGAAAAUCGCCGAUAAAAGACAUAAAUUGAUGUAUCCAGAUUAUGCUUAUAAACCUCAAAAAAAGGAAGGUAAACAAACGUCCUCUGAAAUACAAACGUCUUCCGAGGAACAAACUUCUUCUGAAGAACAAAUGGCUUUUGAUGAACAAACGUCUUGUAAGGAAAAUUUCUCUUCGAAUCACGUUAACGAACGAUUGUUUAUCAUCUUAGCGAAAAUCGCCGAUAAAAGACAUAAAUUGAUGUAUCCAGAUUAUGUUUAUAAACCUCAAAAAAAGGAAGGUAAACAAAUGUCUUCCGAAGAACAAGCUUUUUAUCAAGAAUAA